UCAAAUGAAAUGACCCUUCUCUCCUCCGCCCCUCUCUCACGCAGUUCACACACUCCUCUCCCUCUCCUCCUCCUCUCCUCACCCCACCAAAACCUAAGCAAGAAGGGCCAGAGGAGCUCCGAAUCCAGGCUCGCAUGGCCAACCUCCUGCACCUCCCGGACCUCGCGGCGGCCAGACCGCCCGCGCCCGGCGUCGCGCGGAGGAGGGGGGCGAGGGUCGUGGCGGCGGCGGCCGGGGGCCGCGUGAAGCAGGAGGAGGCCGGGGCGGGGACGGGGAGGGGGCGGGUGAUCAGGGUCACGGACCCCGUGCGGGACGGGAGGCUGCCGGUGCCGGCCCCGCCGCCGCUCUUCUCCGUGCCGAUGACGCCGGCCUCGGAGUCGCCGGCGGCGACCACGCGCCGGGAUGACGACGAGGAGGAACGGCGCAGGUACUACCUUAACCUGGGCUACGCCAUCCGCACGCUCAGGGAGGAGAUACCCGACGUCUUCUACAAGGAGCCCAGCUUCGAUAUCUACAGAGAUGAUAUCGUCUUCAGAAACCCUUUCAAUAAAUUCGAGGGCAUUGACAAUUACAGAAGUCUAUUCUGGGGAUUGCGCUUUACUGGACAUAUCUUCUUUAAAGCAUUAUGGGUUGAUAUAGUUAGUAUAUGGCAGCCUGCCGAGAAUCUUAUUAUGAUUCGCUGGAUUGCCCACGGCAUUCCUAGAGUCCCAUGGGAUGGCCAUGCCCGCUUUGAUGGUGCCUCCGUUUACAAACUCGACAGGAAUGGGAAGAUCUAUGAGCAUAAGGUACAUAACAUUGCUACGACCCCACCGACAAAGUACAAGGUCCUGUCUGUACAAGAGCUAGUCAGAUCACUUAGCUGUCCGUCCACUCCAAAACCAACGUAUUUCGAGGCUUCAUCUCAAUCUUUGAGCACGGCGUCGCUUUAUUCGAGGUUGGCAUGGAUCAGACGCCUAGCAAAUCUCAGAGGAGGAUAGGGUGGGUCUUAGCACGAUACUUACAAAAUCUACCUUUUUGUUGUAUUGUAGUUACCAGUCACUGAUGAGUAGUACUGAAUCAUAACUGUUGUAUAUAUGUACAGAGACAAAUUUAUACAGAAUAAAGUUGCUCUUGGUUGAGCUAA